GGAGAACACUGCUCCCUUCGCUUUGCUGUCCCUUCCUCUCCCCACCACUCCGCCCCUGCUGGCCUCAGCCAAUCAGCACGCACGCCGGGACGCGCAAGGGGAACGUUCCGGGACGUCCUCGCUACGUACUCUUUAUCAAUCGUCUUCCGGCGCAGCUCCGUCCCUGUUUUCUGUGCUCCUCCGAGCUCGCUGUUCGUCCGGGUUUUUUACGUUUUAAUUUCCAGGACUUGAAGUGCCAUGUCCUCUGAAGAAGGAAAGCUCUUCGUGGGAGGGCUCAACUUUAACACCGACGAGCAGGCACUGGAAGACCACUUCAGCAGUUUCGGACCUAUCUCUGAGGUGGUCGUUGUCAAGGACCGGGAGACUCAGCGGUCCAGGGGUUUUGGUUUCAUCACCUUCACCAACCCAGAGCAUGCUUCAGUUGCCAUGAGAGCCAUGAAUGGAGAGUCUCUGGAUGGUCGUCAGAUCCGUGUGGAUCAUGCAGGCAAGUCUGCUCGGGGAACCAGAGGAGGUGGCUUUGGGGCCCAUGGGCGUGGUCGCAGCUACUCUAGAGGUGGUGGGGACCAGGGCUAUGGGAGUGGCAGGUAUUAUGACAGUCGACCUGGAGGGUAUGGAUAUGGAUAUGGACGUUCCAGAGACUAUAAUGGCAGAAACCAGGGUGGUUAUGACCGCUACUCAGGAGGAAAUUACAGAGACAAUUAUGACAACUGAAAUGAGACAUGCACAUAAUAUAGAUACACAAGGAAUAAUUUCUGAUCCAGGAUCGUCCUUCCAAAUGGCUGUAUUUAUAAAGGUUUUUGGAGUCGCACUGAAGCAUCUUAUUUUAUAGUAUAUCAACCUUUUGUUUUUAAAUUGACCUGCCAAGGUAGCUGAAGACCUUUUAGACAGUUCCAUCUUUUUUUUUUAAUUUUUUCUGCCUAUUUAAAGACAAAUUAUGGGACGUUUGUAGAACCUGAGUAUUUUUCUUUUUACCAGUUUUUUAGUUUGAGCUCUUAGGUUUAUUGGAGCUAGCAAUAAUUGGUUCUGGCAAGUUUGGCCAGACUGACUUCAAAAAAUUAAUGUGUAUCCAGGGACAUUUUAAAAACCUGUACACAGUGUUUAUUGUGGUUAGGAAGCAAUUUUCCAAAUGUACCUAUAAGAAAUGUGCAUCAAGCCAGCCUGACCAACAUGGUGAAACCCCAUCUGUACUAAACAUUAAAAAAUUAGCCCGGCGUGGUGGUGUACGCCUGUAAUCCCAGUGACUUGGGAGGCUGAGGCAGGAGAAUCGCUUGAACCCGGGAGGCGGAGGUUGCAGUGAGCUAAGAUCGCGCCACUGUACUCCAGCCUGGGCAACAGCGAGACUCCAUCUCAAAAAAAAAAAAAAAGGAAAUGUGUAUCAAGAACAUGAUUAUCCAGGGGUAUUUUCUAAUUCAGAUCAUCAAACUGAUUAUAUAGAAGAGUUGGCUUUAAAAUGUUUGCAAAUGUCUUUUUUUUUUUUUUAAUACUGGAAGAAAAAAUAUUCUGUUGUGUCUCAUACAGUGCUUAGGAUGUCUUUCACAGAGCUUAUUAAAAAGAUGAAACCUGAGAACAAA